CCUUCGUUUCGUUCCUUCCUUUUUUAAACACGGGUGACGCUGCAGUGUCGGUGCGGAGUUCGGAGCCAAAUAAACAGCCCGGCGCACCCCACCCCGAUCGCCUUACAGAGCCUGGGCAGAGCCCAGCGCCGAAUUUAGACCCUUAUCUAUUGUCAGCCUCCGCGGUCGCCGCUGCUCUGCCAGGGGGGGUUGCCCCGGACCCCCUUGUUGCUUCUGACACAGAUCCUCGAUGUUUCUGAGCAGCUGCUGACGGCUCAGCCCCGCUGGAUCCGACCACACACGAGGGUACCAUGAACUGAGCACGGAGACACCCAAAACUCUCUUUUUUUUUUUGUUUUGGCUUUUUUUGGGUUUGUUUUCCACCCGUGAAAAAAAACCCUCGACGCUCUUUAAUGAAAGCGUUUUGAAGCGAGGUACUUCUCCCCUCCCCUGAGCCGAAGUCGUCCCGGGUGUGGUAAGGAUUUCCGGAGAAGAUGGGGAGAAAAAAGAUCCAGAUCCAGCGGAUCACGGACGAGCGCAAUCGGCAGGUGACCUUCACCAAGCGCAAGUUCGGCUUGAUGAAGAAAGCCUAUGAGCUGAGUGUCCUGUGCGACUGCGAGAUCGCCCUCAUCAUCUUCAACCACUCCAACAAGCUGUUCCAAUAUGCCAGCACCGACAUGGACAAGGUACUGCUCAAGUACACCGAGUACAACGAGCCCCACGAGAGCCGGACCAACGCAGACAUCAUCGAGACAUUAAGAAAGAAAGGUUUUAACGGCUGUGACAGCCCGGAGCCCGACGGUGACGACUCCAUAGACCAGAGCCCUUUGAUGGAGGAUAAAUACCGCAAAGGCAGCGAGGAUCUGGAUAUCCUGUUCAAGCGAUACGGUUCCGCAGUGCCCGCUCCCAACUUUGCCAUGCCCGUGACGGUGCCGGUGACCAACCAAAACACGCUGCAGUUCAGCAACCCAGGCAGCUCGCUGGUGACCCAGUCCCUGGUGACCUCGUCGCUGACAGACCCCCGGCUCCUGUCACCGCAGCAGCCGGCACUGCAGAGGAACACAGUGUCCCCGGGGCUGCCGCAGCGGCCAGCCAGCGCAGGGGCGAUGCUUGGGGGAGACCUGAACAACACAAAUGGAGCCUGCCCGAGCCCUGUGGGAAAUGGCUAUGUGAGUGCCAGAGCCUCGCCGAGUCUCCUUCCUGUGUCCAAUGGCAGCAGCCUGGGCAAGAUCAUCCCAGCCAAGUCCCCACCGCCACCCUCGCAUGGGACGCAGCUCGCCGCCAACAGCCGCAAGCCAGACCUGCGUGUGAUCACCUCGCAGAGCGGGAAGGGGCUGAUGCACCACCUGACCGAGGACCACUUGGCUCUGCAGAACACGCAGAGGUUGGGUGUCUCCCAAGCAACUCACUCUCUGACCACACCGGUUGUUUCCGUGGCGACUCCGAGUUUGCUGACACAGGGGCUGCCCUUCUCUGCCAUGCCCACAGCAUACAACACAGAUUAUCAGUUGACGAGCGCUGAGCUGUCCUCGCUGCCAGCAUUCAGCUCACCUGGAGGCCUGUCCCUUGGCAACAUCUCUGCCUGGCAGCAGCAGCAGCAGCAGCAACAGCAGCAGCAGCAGCAGCAACAACAACAGCAGCAGCAGCAGCAGCAGCAACAGCAACAACAGCAGCAACAGCAGCAACAACAGCAGCAGCCACAGCAGCAGCCGCAGCAGCAGCACCUGGUCCCUGUGUCACUAGGAAACUUAAUACAAGGGAGUCACUUGUCCCACACCACCACUUUGACUGUCAACACCAACCCCAACAUCAGCAUCAAGUCGGAGCCCGUCUCGCCCAACCGGGAGAGGAACACUGCCACCCCGCUCAGCACCUUCCCCCACCAGCCCCGGCACGAGCCCACCGGCCGCUCGCCCGUCGACAGCCUCAGCAGCAACACCAGCUCCUACGAGGGCAGCAGCGAGCGGGACGAUCCCGCCCGCCCGGAUUUCAGCUCGUCCCUGGGCCUCCUGCGGCCCAGCAGCGAGCCCGAGGGGGAGAGCCCCUCCGUAAAGCGCAUGCGGUUGGAUACCUGGGUCACAUAACGCGUCCCCGCCGUCCCUGGGAGCGCCGGUGGGGCCGCGGGAAGAGGGCGGGAGGGGCGGGGGGGCGAAACGGGUGAUGGGGAUGGGCUGGGGUGGGGGGAAAAUUAUCAUAAACUGCCUGAGAAAUAGCUUUAGGAUUUUUGUAGGCAUUCAUUCUAGCGCAGCAGGCGACGCACGCAGUACAUACGGCUCUCCUUGGCCGGGGCCGCGGGCUCGGGAACAGCCAAGGGUGUGGGAACGGGGCACGGGAAUGGAAUAUCUGCGUGGUUGCCAAAAACAGCAGCCUCUGGCGAUGCUCCCCCGCGGGCGGGCGGGCCGGGCAGCCGGUGCCCACUGGCUGGCGAGACCCCUCCCCGGGAAGUGGGACCGUAUCCCUUGGGAAGAGCGCCUGCAGCAGGACGGGCUCCGGGGGGAGACAGGGCACAGAGCACCCCCAAAAUGCACCUUCACGCCGUGCCCGGGCACUCCUGGGUCCAUGUGCAGGAAGGGGCAGUUCGGAAAUGAUCCAGCUCUCCGAAAGCUUGAAGGGCUUUGGCAGACACCAGUUUUCCUCAAAAAGGGUUUUCCUACACCAGUUUUCCUAAACCAGCUGGAAAGGGAGGCUGAGGGGGCUUUGGUAUGAAACAGGAUACAACUGCAUCCACAGCCUGCUUGGGCCUCCUGGAUACUGGAAAGCUUAAUCCAGGGAGUAAGAGGCAGAUUUUUAAGUCAAUCCCGUUUGCAGUUUGCAUGACAAGUGGAUGCAGACAGCAUCCUUUCAUCCUUCCUAGCAGAGCAGGGAACUCUGCCAUCUCUGACCAGGGUCACUGGAACACUGGAGUUCCUCUUUCCCAGGAAAGCCUUGCCUCUGCCUGGGUGCAGUGGGUGUGCAGAGGAAGGAUGAAAUAAUGAUCCUUUGGGAUUCUGCCUGAAGGUUUCUAGGCCUCAAAGGUAAGGGUGAGCUGUGUGGAAAAUCUGCUCAAGUCUCGACGCAGUGAUUUAGUGGAAGGAAAAAGGAAAAAGAAGGAAUUUCCUUGUCUUGCCACUUGCUCUGGCAGUUUCCCGGGGAAAGGUGUCAGCACUCUGAUCCCAAAAUGCAGCAGCCAGCUCAGGGCUGGAGGAUUUGGAGCAGAAGGGUCUGUUCCUGACCCGUGUAGGUGUUAGGGAGAGCUUUCUCCCUGCAGGCGCUCUCCUCUGGGAUGCUGAUUCCCCAUCCCCCUCCCAGCCUGCCUUGUCACCCUGUGCAGGGACACCCCAGCCCCGCUCACCCCUGGGCUCACGGUCACAAACUGGCACAAAACCUGCCUGGAUGCCACCUUUGCCAACUCCUUCAGCAGCUGGAGCCUGGCCAGGCUGAGGGGGCUGCAGAGGAGCCGGGAGCUGCUUUGGGGUCAGCUUCCUCCGAGUUGGAGCAGAGGGAGAGGACCAGAGUCACAGGGGGAUUUAUCCUCCUCGUGGAUCCCUCUACCAGGUGUCAGCACCAGCUGAGCCUUGGAAUGAGGUGGAUGGCAUAAAAAUGUCCCAGGAUGAGGACAAACCAGAAGAAAAUGUAUGGUUUUUUAUAAACGUUUCCCAACCAAGCAUUUAUCCCAAAGUUUCUAAUUUGGAAAAACGAGACAAAAAAAAAUUGAUGAUUACUGUGAAAUGAACAGGGGUGACCUAAAGGGAGGGGUUGGGGGAGGAGAGGAAAUCCUGCAAAAAUCCUUGCAGAGGGGUCACCCACACAUCCCUCCUGAGCUGAUACCUGCCUUGACCUUCCCUCCUCUCCCAAGGAUCCAUUGGUUUGGCUGUGGGGACCUGGGGAAGGGUCCAGGAUGGCAGAUGCUUGGCAGUGCCAGGGUUCCAGAUAGUGGCAUCCCCUGCCUGCAGAAUGAGGCAUGGAGCGAUGCGUGGGAUAAAAUUGCCCCAUCAAAAUCUUGUCAUAUCAAAUUCCUGCCACAAAGGCUUUUCCAAAUAAUGGUUUGAUUCCUUUCCAAUGAUAAAUUUGGAGUUCCCUCUCCUGUUCCCUCUCCUGUUCCUGCGCUCUGGAGGGCCUUGGGCAGACAAGGGUGAAGCCCCAUGGUGCCAGGGAGGGCUCCUGGCAGGCUUUGUGCAGUUAACCCCCCCAUCUCCCCUCCCCAAGACAAACCCAGCGGGUACCACUGUGUGCCAGGGACAUGCUCGGCUCUCACCUCUGGAAUGCCGGCGCGGCAUCGGCGGCAGAAGCGGAUCUCCCUCCCUCCAUCUCCGUCUGUCUGUUGAGAAGUGGGAGAGACACUGUGGACCGUGGUCCUCCUCGCCCACGCUGUGACCCCCCGACCCGGCGAUGCCCGAUGUACCGGACGCGCACCUGAGCUCUUUGCACGGCCUUUGCUUUGGAAAUUAGGCGGGAUAACGACGUCUCAUCGCUCUUGUUUUAUAUUUCAGUUUUUUUUUCCUUCACAAAAAAGAAACUCAACCCAACUCACUGAGGUCUGCCCCGCUGGGAGCGACACAGCAGGAGGGCCCAGCAGAGCAGUUUUCUCCGGAGACCCCAGCGGGGAGGCGGCGGCGAGACCCCUCUGGCACUUGACGCCACCGGUGCAGAGCAAACCCUGAGCGGGGAAAAAAACCAAAAAAACAUUUUUGCUCAUGGACUUCACGCCCUGACUCCCAAGUUCACACUUCUGCCUGGAAGCUGAGAGCCUGGAAAAACACGAAAUCCAAGACACGAACGCUCUGGGUUCCGUAGAUGCGGGUUUAGAUGUGCCUGGCGGGGAAGGCGCCGGCGGUUCAGCGCCGGGCUGUGCCGUGCCGGACGGAUCCACAGCAGCGCGGCAGCUGAACUCCACGAUCCCCUGGGCUGGUGCCACGGGCAAGUAUGGCUCGUGGGAAGGCGGGGCUGCCCCGGGUCAGACACGGCUUCACGUUGUGGUGAAAGGGGUUUGGGGGCUGUUUGUCGGGGUCUUCAUUUUGUUGGGGGCUUAGGGUUAUUUUAUUAUUAUAUUCUAUUUUUUUUUUUGUCCGGGUCAUUAUCCUUUAUUUCCCCCCAGACUGUAGUAUCCGGUAAACUCCUCCUAAUUUUCAAAAGACAACGAGAAGAAUGACAAUCUAAGAAACCAACACCCUCCUUUGUGCUUCUAUAAAUAUGUUUCUGAUCUAAUUUUAUUUCUUGUGCUCAUCUGUACUGUUGACAGUUACAAUUGUGUAUAAUUUUUUUUUAAUUUGGAAUUUUUGCGUUGUAUAGGGUUUAGUUUUAAAAUAUAUAUAUAUUUUCCAUUUUUUAAAAAGGGGUGUUGCAAAAAAAAAUUGCACGAUUUAAAUGACAAUAGUUAAAAUGCUGCAGUUUUUAGAGAUGUGGAAGCAAAAUGGAGCUUAUUUAUUCUCAAAGGCUAUAAAGGUGUAAAAUGCAUGAAGAAAAAAAAAUUUACAAAAAAAAAAAAAGACAAAAAAAGUGUAACCUGAACAAAGUGUAGCGUUAAAGAUUUUAAAGGAUGACAACAACAAGAAAAAAAGAAAAAACCAACAAAAAAACAGCUAAUAUAUUGUGUUUGGGCUAGUUUGCUUUUGUUUUUAAUUGUUCCUUUUUUGGAGAAUGAAAUACAAUUGUGUAUAUUUUCAUAUAAGAAGUAUGCACUGAGAUGUUUCCAAACUGAUAUGUUCCUUUCUAAACGUGUGGUUACUUACCAAAGUCUGUUUCUGAUCUUUACCUUCUGAACUCUCUGUGGAUGCUCCAGCCCACGCCCGCCGGGGCCUGACGCCGCGGCCACAGGUAAGCCGGGGUGGGGGCACCGGCGUCGCCCCCUCCUCUCCCUGCCCCAGGGUGGCUGAUUUGGGGUGCUGGUGGAUGUGACCGCGGUGCUGGUGUUGGGGGGGGGCUGUGACCCCCGUCCCGGGAAGGCUGGUCUUUCCCAGGGCUUGGCUGGCUGGUUUUGGGGUGUUUGUGCCGGCAGCGGGGGGACGGGGAUGGCCAGGACCGCAGUGACCCUCCUGGGACGAUGCCAGGGGAGCAGUGUUGCAGGGGGCAGAUGCAGAGGAAGGGAUGAGUCCCAUGUGCCAGGAGCACGGAGCGUGCGAGGGCUCUGCCGCCAGCGUGUGCCGGAGUGGCCGGGGUUUGGUGCAGAGAGGAGGAGGAUGAUGGAAGGAGGUUGCAGGGUCUGGCUCAGGUGAUGCUGCUACUGGUAGCCAUAGGAGCAGGAUGGGGUGGGAAGCUGCUUGCCCUCCCCGGGAGGAGAUUUAGGGAUGGAGCAGGCCCUAAAUGAUAUCUUGAACCUGAAAUCCCGGGAAGGGCUGCUGGCACGUGGUGAGGAUGGUGAUGGAUCGAGGGGGAUGGUCUCGCCUGCUCUGGGCGGCUGCAGGGCUGAUCAGCUGGUGCCAGGGUGGGGUGUGGGGGACAGGGUGACCCCCUGCUGAUUGGGGUGGUUUUGGGCGAUGGCAAAGAGCUCGGCUGUGUUGGAUGUUUGGAUGAGGGCAUCGGUGCUGGGGGGUCUGGCAGUGUGUUGUGGUUGUGCGAGGGGCACCACCAGGGGUGGUGGCAAGGAGACCCUUGGGGAAGGGUUUUGCUGCUGUUGUGUGUUUGGGGCUGCUGCCAGUGUUGGGAUUGGAGGGUGAUGGAAGUGUUAAAUCCAGAGCUGCUGGCAACGGGCCGUGCGUGGUCCUGGGGGAAAGUGGGGCAAGGAGAAAGAGUUUCCUUUUCUUCCUCCCUUUUUCACUUCCAUCUUCCCUCCCAAAAUAAUCUUGGCAAACCAGGGAAAAAAGCAAAUUUACAAAAAAAAACACCUUUUCCUUGAAAAUUUCACCUCCUGCACUUUUUUCUUCCCUUAUGUUGCUCAUUUGGGAGAUUCCCCCUAACGCUUUGGAUGGGAAUUGUGAAGUUUGUCACCAGCUCUAGGGAAAAGGCUGCAAACUGCUUCUGCCAGCCUAGAGCUCUGCCAGGGGUGAGGGGCCCUCAACGUUUCAGGGGUCCCCUCCGCACGGAUCCCUCUGUGUUGCUGGGGUGAGCAUCCAUUGGAUGAGGAAGGAUAUUCCCAGCCAUGCCUUGGUCGUGCCAUCCCUGGUGCCACAUCCUGCCUUGCCCUCCCAUCCGUCUGGCUGAGGGCACAAUUGGGGAAUAUUUUGGGGAUUUUUACCACUUAAAGUGGCAAAAAUUCAUCCCUUUCCACCUCUCCCAGGGCUGUGGGCGAGUCCAUAACUAUGGGCUUCAGCUGAACGUUUGCUCGUUUCCCUUUCCCAUGUUUAUCCUUUGCCUUCCCCUCUCACUUCACUUUUCUUUCUUCUCUUUUUUCUUUCCUUUCUCUUUUUUCUCCUUUUCUAUCUUUUUUUUGUUUCGUUUUGGUUUGGUUUUUUGUUUCUUUUUCUCUUCCACAAAAAAUCCCAACCAGAUCCGUAAACCAAGUAUUAUGUUUUCACUACCUCCAUCCAUCACCCUUCCCUUUCCGAUGCCAGAAGCCAUGCUCGGGAUGUAAGAGGGCCUUUCCCCCUUUAUUUUCCCCUUUCCUCCAGAGAUUUUAUCUCCUCUGUGUCCCUCUGCCCCUCCUCUCUCUGGUCUCUCACCUGUAGUGUUUUACCUGGCUACUGUAACUGUAAAUAGCGAGUUUCAAUCUGUUAGCGAUGGUAACAGUACAGAAAACUGGUUUUGGGGUUUUUUUUUGUUGUAUUGAUAUGAAAUGAGAUUAUAUUUUUGUCAGAGUAUAUUGUAAUAAUACUGACUUUGGACAUGGCCGAGUUGUACAGCGAUUUCUUGUUUAACCCUCUUGGCUCUUCCCUUGCACCCCCCUCGCCGUCCCUCCCUGCUCCCCAAGUUUCCGUGUCCCAGACCCAGACCUGGCCGGGCUCCCAACUGGGAGCAGCCACUUGGCAAUGGCUUCACGCCAGGGAUGCUUUUCCACAGGGUUCCCAACACGCUGGCGUGUCUCCCCGUGGGUCUGGAGAGGUCAGAAACAUGCGGGAGGAUAUUUAAGUGAGCCUUGGAUAUAAGGAGGUUCCUGGUGUGCAGGGAUGCUCCCGCUCUCUGCUACACUCCCGGCAGGAAUCAGGGACCUCGGAGGAAUGGAUGAGGUCAUUCCAGCUCCCCUCUCCUCCCUAGCGAGUGGAAAACCACGUUGUUUUCCAGUUUCUUCCUCCCGAGCUCCGUUCUCUGGAGCGAUGCCUGUUUGGAAUGUGCUUUCCUUAAGCCAGAAGAGGGUGGUGUGGCUCAGGCUGCGCCGGGAUCGUCUCCGAGCAGUCUGAAGUAGUUUUCUGGGAACUGGAGGUUUUACAACAUCCCCAGCCCAGUGCUGUGGGGAGAGGCGUUGGUGAGCCGGGGUGAGCUGUUCCCCCCCUGCAUCCCACCCCCAAAUGAGGGAUUUCUUCCCUUCGGCUGGGUUUGCAGAGUGGGAUUUUCCUGCUGGUGCCACCGAGAUGUAGAGACCAGCCCAGUCCUCGCUCUCUGGGCACAAACCCACUGCAGAGCCUUAUGGAACAUCCUUUCCACAGGGAAACAUGCUGUCGUGGGACAAUGCUGAGAUGUCCCCGUGGGCUCCCAGCAUCUUCUGCAAGGCUGAGGGGUGAAGCAGCCCAGCUCAGGCCACGACACCCCUCCUCCCCACGGCUCUUUCUGAGCAGUGUGCAGACAAAUAGGACACUGAAGAGGUGGGGACCAUCACGGCUGUGCUGCUGCUCCCCUUUUGUGUCCCACAUGGCCUCUGGGUUGGGUCUCCCCCAUCCCCGUCACGCCUCUGGUUCCCUGUAGCUCAGUAAAGCAGGUAGGUGUUAGCAAACUCUGGGGUGUCUGCAACAACCUUUGUAAAAUAGAAUAGACCCUUUAAAUGAUGCACUAAAAGAAAAAAAAAAAACAAACAAUAGAUCCCCUCUCCCUCAGCUUCUCUGUGUGAUGGUUCGUUGGAUCUCCCCGCUCAGCCCGUCUGUAACAGCACAGGCAGCUCUGCAUCCUCUCCCCAGGGUGCUGCACGGGUAGAAACAAAACAGGACGUGCGCUUCCCCUGAGGAGUUUUAUUUAUUGUUUUGAGAAGCAAUUUAAAAGGAAAAAAAAAUAAACUGUGUAUCUAUAAUAUAUAUAUAUAUUUUUAACCUCUUUUCUUUUCCUGAUGCUCCUCCACCCGUGUGUGUGUGUGUGUGUGCGCGAGUCAAGGGAUUCUGAGUGGGGACCACAGUGUCCCCUUCCCCGUGUCCAGCUCUCCGGGGGACCAGGGUGUCCCCUUCCCCAUGUCCAGCUCUCCAGGGGCGAUGCAGCAGAAGCCCAGAAGCAGCAGUGGGAGGGGAGGGAGGAUUUAUGCUGAGAGCUUGUAACGUUUUAACCAUGAUUUUUGAAUAAUUCCAUCUUUCUCUGGAGUAUUUGCACCCUUGGGGUCUGGCCUGACCGAGAACCUCCCCCACCCUGGGGAUGCCGUCGCCCCCCGUUCCCAUCCCCUCCUGUCCCUGCUCCCUUGACAAUCAGUGGCUCCUUCCCAGGGACUGCAGCACGUGGUUGAGACGUCUGUUUCGUUUUUUCAAUAUUCCUUUUUUGUGCUGUAUGGUGAUGCGUUAUUGUAUAUUCCACAAUAAGAAAAAAAAUAUAUAAAAAAAUGAUGAUAAUAAUAAUAAUUACCAUGAGAAAUUCUUAUGAGUUUUGUUUGGAAACUCUUUCACUAUAUUUGUUGUAAAGAGGUUUACUAUUAAAAAGAAAAAAAAUACACGUUUCUGAUAA